AGAAGUGGUUGAGAGUAGAGUCGUCCCAGCUUUGUUCCAAUCGAUCCAGCAUGGCAUAAUAGAAUUUUUAAGAAUUGGAAAAGCUAAUAGUGAUGUAAUGUCAGCCGCUUUUGAUGGAAAGACAAAGUUCAUAGAAACUUACGCAAUCGAAUGUCGUCAAGAGAAGUAUUCUCAUAAGCUUCGCGCUAGAGAGGGACAUUUUUUGGCUGCAUGGACAGAUGGCGACGGCAAUAAUGCGCUUCACAAAGCAGCGAAGUUAGGUCCAGAGUCUUAUCUUGCUCAGUUUUCAGGUGCAGCCCUUCAAAUGCAAAAGGAAUUACAAUGGUUCAAGGAAUUUGAGUCUGUUGUUCCAGAGUGUAAAGACUGGGUGAAUCACAAUGGAGAAACUCCUUGGCAAGUGUUUACCAGGGAACACAUGAAAUUGUUAAAAGAAGCUGAAGCAUGGAUGAAGAAAGCAGCAAAUUCUUACAUUAUAGUUGGUACCCUCAUCAUCACUAUUAUGUUUGCUGCAGCCUUCACCAUUCCCGGUGGUAACAAUGGAAAUGGCUUCCCCAUGUUCUCACAUAAAAGAUUAUUUUUGACAUAUAUAAUGUCAGAUGCAAUUUCUCUGUUCGCUGCAUCUACUUCAGUGCUGACGUUUUUAGGAAUCCUCACAUAUCCCUACACUGAAAAAGAUUUUCUUUGGUUGAGUGUCGGCAUUCUCACGCUUCUCAUUUCUGUCGCAACAAUGAUGGUAGCUUUUUGUGCUGCUGUUUCUAUAAUGUUACCGGAUCGAUCGUGGGUAAUCUUCUCGCUAGUUUUGCUCGCCAGCAUCCCGGUCGUUGUCUUUUGGUCAUUGCAAUCUCAGAUUCUUAUUGAGAUUUUUUAUUCAAUUUAUGGGCCGGGGAACUUUAACAGGGAGAGAUCCUUUGUAAGAAAAAGGAUGUCAUCCAUAAUGGGGAAAUUUAGAAGCAAACUUACGGAGGGUGGGGAGUGUUAAUUAAACUACUUUUGUAUCUUAUAUUGAUCAUACGACUUGGCUUUAUAUGCAUCGCAGCUGCAAUUAUUGAAUGUGUGUGAUGACAUUAUUAAACUCUCUCCUAAUGU